CGUGAGCGUCGCUUGCAGUUGAGCCGGAGCGAUGCCUUGCCUGGCGCAUGAGUACCACCCCAAGCUCCCGGCCACUAACCACUGCAAGUCCCUCUCCUGCCUCGUCCGGGAGACCUACGCGCACUGCCAUGUCCCCUGCGUCGGGAGGAUGCGCGGCGCCGGGUGGAGCUCCGGCGACGACAGCGACGACGAGGACCUUGACGAUGCCCUCGACACCAAACAGGUGAUACUGAACGAGAUGAGGAACCGGCAGCUGAGGAGGAAGGAGUCGAGGUGCAGCGUGGAGUCCCCGACUCUGUCGACCGCCUUCGUCUGGUCCUUCACUCAGCUCGAGCCCAGCCCCAGGAGCGUUCUCGAGAAAGUCUCCAGCAUAGAGAAGGACGAGAAGGAUAAGGAGGCGGCAAGCGACGACGACCGAGGCGACGCCGACGACGUGGAGAGCGAGGCGUUCUUCUCGGUGAAGAGCUUCUUCACGCGCAGCACGAGCCGGGCGGCAACCGUUGCGUCGUCGGCGGACCUGGACCCGGCGGCGACGUGGGAGGGCUUCCGGGACUGCGAGGGGUGGCCGUUCGGGCUGUGCCGCCGCCCCGCCGUGCCCCCGCUCCCCAGCACGCCCGCCGAUUCGUGGAAGUGGCGCAAGCAGAGCAGCACGGGCAACCUGCUCGCCGCGAGCCCGGCCCGGGCUUACAGCUGCAAGGUCGCAACGAGCUUACCGGCGUCGCCGUUAGCCAAGAAGAACCUUGAUUGA